AUGACGCGAGUCUCAGUCUACACAUCAGCCCUGGCGGCUUUUGUAGCUGCGACGGUUAUGAUCGUGAUUCCGAUAUGGCUACCAAACUGGGUGACUUACUCUGUUACUUCGGCCACCGGCGAAACUAUCGAAAGGCAUAUCGGUCUACAUAAGAGCUGUUCCACGUUGGAUAAUCCACACUGUCGAGACUUUCCUCCUAGGGAUCUAUGUGAAGGAGGAGAACGAUAUUUCUGCUCCAUGUGGAGGACUGUUGGUUUCCUGGCUUCGUUCACGACUCUGUUGUGUUUGGGAGGCCUGGUGACUUUUGUUGUCAUUAUGAGUGGGGGCAAAUACAAGCGUGAGACAGGAUGGCCAUUUGCCGCCGCCAUGUUGACGCUGGUCUCUGUGAUCGAGUUUGUUGCCAUCUCUAUUGUGGCUUAUCUCUACGAUCACGACGACCAGUUUACUAUUCCUGGAUGGCAUCUGGAUACGUCUUUCUACCUCAGCACCGUUGGAGCCGCCAUCUGUCUGCUAUCUGCUAUUGGUAUUGCCUUCUCCGCAUACCUUCUUCCUCCAGAGGAAGGAUACGAUUUCCUCUCGGAUCCUCUUGAUGCUUAG